CGGGGCGGGGGCGGCUCCUCUUCCCUCCUCCUCCUGCUGCUGCUGCUGCUGCUGGUUCGGCUGCUGCUGCUGCUCGCGUUAGUUCCGGUCGCAGAGGAGACAGCGCUGCAGUUGCCGCCACCUCGGGGAUUUCUGGCUCUUUCCUCUUCGCCUUAAAUUCGGGUGUCUUUUAUGAAUAAUCAAAAGCAGCAAAAACCAACGCUAUCAGGCCAGCGUUUUAAAACCAGAAAAAGAGAUGAAAAAGAGAGGUUUGACCCUACUCAGUUUCAAGACUGUAUUAUUCAAGGCUUAACUGAAACUGGUACUGAUUUGGAAGCAGUAGCUAAGUUUCUUGAUGCUUCUGGAGCAAAACUUGACUACCGCCGCUAUGCAGAAACACUCUUUGACAUUCUGGUGGCUGGUGGAAUGCUGGCCCCAGGUGGUACACUGGCAGAUGACAUGAUGCGCACAGAUGUCUGCGUGUUUGCAGCACAAGAAGACUUAGAGACCAUGCAAGCAUUUGCUCAGGUUUUUAACAAGUUAAUCAGGCGCUACAAAUACCUGGAGAAAGGGUUUGAAGAUGAAGUCAAAAAGUUGCUGCUCUUCUUAAAGGGUUUUUCGGAGUCAGAGAGGAACAAACUGGCUAUGCUUACUGGGGUUCUUUUGGCUAACGGAACUCUGAAUGCAUCCAUUCUAAAUAGCCUUUAUAAUGAGAAUUUGGUGAAAGAAGGAGUUUCAGCAGCUUUUGCUGUAAAGCUCUUCAAAUCAUGGAUAAAUGAAAAAGACAUCAAUGCAGUAGCUGCAAGUCUUCGGAAAGUCAGCAUGGAUAACAGACUGAUGGAACUUUUUCCUGCCAAUAAGCAAAGCGUUGAACACUUCACUAAGUAUUUCACAGAGGCAGGCUUGAAAGAACUUUCAGAGUAUGUGCGGAAUCAGCAGACCAUAGGAGCACGGAAGGAGCUCCAGAAAGAACUUCAAGAACAGAUGUCACGUGGUGAUCCAUUUAAGGAUAUAAUUUUAUAUGUGAAGGAGGAAAUGAAGAAAAACAAUAUCCCAGAACCAGUUGUCAUUGGCAUAGUCUGGUCUAGUGUAAUGAGCACUGUGGAAUGGAACAAAAAAGAGGAGCUUGUAGCAGAGCAAGCCAUUAAGCACUUGAAGCAAUACAGCCCUCUACUUGCUGCCUUUACUACUCAAGGUCAGUCUGAGCUGACUCUGUUACUGAAGAUUCAGGAGUAUUGCUAUGACAACAUCCAUUUCAUGAAAGCCUUCCAGAAAAUAGUGGUGCUUUUUUAUAAAGCGGAAGUCUUGAGUGAAGAACCCAUUCUGAAGUGGUAUAAAGAUGCACAUGUUGCAAAGGGGAAAAGUGUCUUCCUUGAGCAAAUGAAAAAGUUCGUAGAAUGGCUCAAAAAUGCUGAAGAAGAAUCUGAGUCAGAAGCAGAAGAAGGUGACUGAGUUUUGGAGCCACGUCCUCAGUACAGCAAAUGGGGUUGUAGAUAAAAUGUCAUGUCUCACGUGUCCUGGCUCUUACAUCUUCCUACCUCCCUAUAUCAAGCAUGAUAUAAGGGCUUUCAUGGCAAAUUUUAUUUUAACUGUUUCUAUGGUUACUGGAAAUGUUGGGUUUAGUUUCUAAAACCAUGUUUUAAGUAGCUACAGGAGAUUUGAAUCUAAUGUUGCAUUAGUUUUUUCAGUUAUCUUCUACCUCCUGUAUUUUCUACUGUAAUAAUGUAAUUUAAGGCCUUCCUCAAUCCCUGGGUUUUCUAUAUAUAAACAGUUUUCAAGAUAUGAUUUGGUUAAAAAUUAUUUGUUAUAAAAGUUCUGUUUGCAAAUUAAACUGUAAAAGUAUCCAGUCUCAAAAGGCAAUGAUUUGUGUGAUAAUUGCUAUGUCCAGAGCCCUAUUCAUCAAUGAAAAUCUUACAUAAUGAGUUCAUAACAUGAAUCCUGAGGAUUUGGAACAUUUGCCUAUGUGUUGACAUUAUCUUGCAUUUUGAAUCCCAGAUGUAUGCUCACUGUCCUGGAGAACAAAGGAGGCAGAGGAACUUUUGUGUUCAGUUUGUAUCUUUCCAGGUGAAACAGACAUUUCCACACAAGCAUUUUAUAUUCAGAACACAUAGAUUGAUAGGAAAGGACUUCUUGAGUGUGAGUACAGGAAAUCCCAUCAAAAUUUGGAAAUGUUGGGGUGAUCAGGAUGCUCUAAUGGGUCUAAGGACGCCAUUUCCUAUUGUAAUGAAUGAGGGCAGUGAUAGCUGUUCCCAUUGGUUGUCCUGGACUGGCUUCGUUCUUUCAACCUUUAGUAGUGACUCAAGCACCCGGCUGUAAACGUACCUAGUUGCCAUUUUUAAUUGCCAUGAGCCAAAUAUUUCUUUUAGAUGAUUAAUCCAUUUAUUUUAACAGCUGCCUUUUAAUUUUCAUCUUGUUGCUAUCUAUCUGUAUGUAGGAAAGUAGGAAAAAAUGUAGCCACAUUUUCAGGUGGAAAGGCUUAUCUGGAGGAUUUUUUAAUUGGGAAAAGAAAAUAGCCUAAAAUAAAUAAUGUCGCUAGAGACUGAAGGGAAAUUACCCCACUUGAAGGUGCCAUUCUUAAGAAUUUGGUAUUUAAAAGUUCACCUUGAGAAAAUAACGUGUAAUAUAAUUUGAAAUAAAGGCAUAAUAACCUUAGCAUUAUAACUGAAAAACAUUGUUGAAUGGGGUGAAUUUGUUGAAUGAAUGAUGAUAAAGUUUUAUGCACAGGCAAAAUGUACUGACUAGAUAUCUGUGUGUAGUGAUCUACUUUUACUUUGUAAUUUGUAGUCCUUAAAAGACUUUUUAAAAAAAAUAAAGUCCAUCCUUACACUUAGGUUUUAUAAAUCAUUCUUUUUUUGUAAAUUCCAUUUGAAUAUCAAAUAGUGUGCUGUAUGUUGUGUGUUCAGAUGUCUUUACUAUAUAAGCAUUAACUAAUUCCUUUCAUCCUUAAAACUUUCAAACUGUAAACACCUAUAUAGCAUAAUGUAGCUGAAACUACAUUGACAUUUCUACAGCCAAAUCAUUGCAUGUUACUGCCGUACAAAGUGUGCCCUAUUUUAUUAUACUGUGUAUAGUGAAAGAGUGUGUAGUCUUCCAGAACUACAUUAUGAUCUUUGAUCACAGGGUUUUUCCUUUAUAAUGACACAGUAGUAUUUACCUAUUAUAAUAGUAAAUGAGUAAAUCAUUUAUGAGUAUAAUGUAAAAGAAAGGGAAUGCUUUAUAAAAUGAUUUUUAUUUUGAAUUUUAAGUGGUAAAUUUAGAACUCAGCUGCAAGUGCCAACCUUUGGCUUCAACUAUGUAAUUCUUAAUAUAGAUGUUAAAACUGUACUUUUAGUUAUGAUUGGGUCAAUGUUAAUUCUCCUAGCUUGGUGUCAGUUUCUAAGCAUAAGUUUCUUGGAUGCUGUUAUGGGUUUUUAGAGCCUUAUAACUCUAGGAGUAUUGUCCUAGAGAUACUGAAAAUGCCACAGAUUUUAGCAUUGCGAAGGGAGUGCAUGUGACCAAAAGAUGAACUUAUAACAGUGUUCUUCAAGCUUUUUCCAUUAUCAGUAACCCCCUCACCCCAGGAAACCUUUUUUUCCCUAAUAAUUCCCCAAAUAAAUUUUAAUAUACAUACACUA